CGGACCCCUCCCCGGCGGGGCGCCCCCUCAGGGCCCCCCUCCCGUCCAUCCGCUCGCCGGAGACAUCUCGUUCUGAGGGAGAUCCGAAACCUUCAGAAGAGCACACACCUACUGCUAAGGAAGAUGCCCUUCUGCCGCCUGGUAAGAGAAAUAUGUGUUAAAUUCACUCGUGGUGUGGACUUCAAUUGGCAAGCCCAGGCCCUGUUGGCCAUACAAGAGGCGGCAGAAGCAUUUCUAGUACAUCUCUUUGAGGACGCCUAUCUCCUCUCCCUCCAUGCCGGCCGUGUUACUCUCUUCCCGAAGGAUGUGCAGCUGGCCAGGAGGAUCCGAGGCAUCGAGGAAGGGCUGGGCUGAGCUGCCGCCUGCCCCUGGAUGAUACCAGGGACUCUUUCUGGAGCUGGGACCAGAUCCAUGGAGUCUGAGGUGCUGCCUGGACUUGGCUGUCUCUGAGUAGAGUGUGUAUGUUGCUCUUGUAAUUGUUUUUUUUAAUGAAGGAGCAGACUGCAUGGCUCUCCUCCGCGACAGAGGUAACAUACAGGAAAAUCAACAUAGUUCCAGAGGCCUGAGAAUUAUUUUCAGAUAAAGAGUCUCAAUGGUUGACUUCAGUUUGUAAAUUAUUCAUAUGACUGCUUAGUGAUUUUGAAGACAUCAGAUUUGCUGAUAUUUGCUUAUAAUUUUGGAUCUUACUGAACCAUUUAAAUUCCUCCCCUUGCCCCUCCAUUUAAAUUUUUUACCAUAUGUAUAUUUACUUCUAUUUAACACAUAAGGGGAAAAAUAAGAGAAGAACACUUCAGUCAGUUGUAUGGGAGAGCCCGGCACUUCUAGCAUACAAAUCUCUGUCCUUCAGAUUAACUUCAUUGGUGAUGGCAGCAAGUGCUGAUUUGGACGGUGCCUGUCAACAAAUGUAGCUUCUCAAAGACUCAGUUGGGGUGGGGAUUGAAAACCUUUUAAGGUUUAAUGUUCUGGUUCUUCUUAGUAAAUUUCUGUCAAAAUCAUUCAGAAAUGCUAACUUAAUAGAACUUUAUUAUUUGUAAAUCACAGAAGAUGUAACAUAGUUUAUAUUUUAGAAUUUUUCAUUCCAGGAUUUUAAAGGUCUUUUCAAUGUAUUGACAGGUAUUUUUAUAACUGCUUUGUGGAGAGAUAAUAAAAAUAAUAAUUCUUGAAUGAGAAAA